AUGGCCACACUCAAAGGCAAAGUCAUGAUAAACUCCACUCGGGUUUCUUAUUUUGAACUUGUUGCGUACUUUGACACAGGGUUUUUGAAGUAUUUAGUUUUCAUGGCUCUUAUGUCUUUAUACAUGAUCAUUGUUUGUGCCAAUCUUUUUCUCAUUGUGGUUAUCUGUCUGAACAGAAGCUUACAUGAACCCAUGUACCUGUUUCUGUGCAGCCUGUUUGUAAAUGAACUGUAUGGUAGUACAGGGUUGUUUCCAUUCCUGCUGGUUCAGAUCCUCUCUGACAUUCACACUGUUUCUGUGCCUUUUUGUUUCCUGCAGAUUUAUUGUGUUCAUUUCUAUGGAAGUGUGGAAUUUUUCACCUUAGGUGUCAUGUCUUAUGACAGGUAUCUUGCUAUCUGUUAUCCACUACAAUAUAACACAUGUAUGACAUCCACUAAGGUUGUAACCCUUACUGCAUUUGCAUGGUUAUACAGUGUAGUUGCAACUGUUGUCAUGAUAUCUCUGAGUGCUCCUUUACAGCUGUGUGAGAACACGAUUCACAAAGUUUACUGUGACAACUACUCUGUUGUCAAACUGUCUUGCUCUGACACGACUGUCAACAACAUCUAUGGACUUGUUUACAUAUUUACCAUAAUAGUUGCUCUUAUGAUUCUAAUUCUUUACACUUACAUGAGGAUUCUCAAAGUGUGUUUUUCUGGCUCUAAACAGACCAGACAGAAAGCUGUCAGCACCUGCACACCUCACCUUGCUUCUCUCCUGAACUUCUCUUUUGGUGCUUUCUUUGAAAUAGUGCAGAGCAGGUUUGAUAUGAGUAAUGUACCCAUUGUGUUGCGUAUUUUUUUAUCACUAUACUGGCUCACGUGCCAGCCGCUCUUCAACCCUUUAAUAUAUGGGCUAAAUGUAUCAAAAAUCCGCAUCAUAUGCAAAAAUCUUACUUUUGGUAAAAAAAUGUAG